CUGGGAGAAGCGCGGGUCUUUUGGGAAGACUGCCCUCAGUAGUCGGCCUUUUCCCUGAUAUUUUAUGUGUAACGGUGAAUAUGGUUUCUAGUUUUAGGGUUUCUGAAUUACAAGUGUUACUAGGCUUUGCUGGACGGAAUAAAAGUGGGCGCAAGCAUGACCUCCUGAUGAGGGCACUGCAUUUAUUGAAGAGUGGCUGCAGCCCUGCGGUUCAGAUUAAAAUUCGAGAAUUGUAUAGACGCCGAUAUCCACGGACACUUGAAGGACUUUCUGAUUUAUCCACAAUCAAAUCAUCAGUUUUCAAUUUGGAUGGUAGUUCAUCACCUGUAGAACCUGACUUGGCUGUGCCUGGAAUCCAUUCGUUGCCUUCCACUUCAAUUACACCUCAUUCACCAUCAUCUCCUGUUGGUUCUGUGUUGCUUCAAGAUACUAAGCCCACAUUUGAGAUGCAGCAACCAUCUCCUCCAAUUCCUCCGGUCCAUCCUGAUGUGCAGUUAAAAAACCUGCCCUUUUAUGAUGUUCUUGAUGUUCUCAUCAAGCCCACAAGUUUAGUUCAAAGCAGUAUUCAGCGGUUUCAAGAGAAAUUUUUUAUUUUUGCUUUGACACCUCAGCAAGUUAGAGAGAUAUGCAUAUCAAGAGAUUUUUUGCCAGGUGGUAGGAGAGAUUAUACAGUCCAAGUUCAGCUGCGACUUUGCCUGGCAGAGACAAGUUGCCCUCAAGAAGAUAACUAUCCCAAUAGUCUAUGUAUAAAAGUAAAUGGAAAACUCUUUCCUUUGCCUGGCUAUGCACCACCGCCUAAAAAUGGGAUUGAACAGAAGCGCCCUGGACGCCCCUUGAAUAUUACAUCUUUAGUUCGAUUGUCUUCAGCUGUGCCAAAUCAGAUUUCCAUUUCUUGGGCAUCUGAAAUUGGAAAGAAUUAUUCCAUGUCUGUAUAUCUUGUGCGACAGCUCACUUCAGCCAUGUUAUUACAGAGAUUAAAAAUGAAAGGUAUUAGAAAUCCUGAUCAUUCCAGAGCGCUGAUUAAAGAAAAACUUACAGCAGAUCCUGAUAGUGAAAUUGCUACAACUAGUCUUCGGGUAUCAUUGAUGUGUCCUUUAGGAAAAAUGAGGCUGACAAUCCCAUGCCGUGCUGUGACUUGUACACAUCUACAGUGUUUUGAUGCUGCCCUUUAUCUUCAAAUGAAUGAGAAGAAGCCCACCUGGAUUUGUCCUGUUUGUGACAAAAAAGCUGCCUAUGAAAGUCUGAUAUUAGAUGGGCUUUUCAUGGAAAUUCUCAAUGACUGUUCUGAUGUUGAUGAGAUCAAAUUCCAAGAAGAUGGUACUUGGUGCCCAAUGCGACCUAAGAAGGACACUAUGAAAGUAUCCAGCCAACCCUGCACAAAAAUAGAAAGCUCAAGUGUCUUCAGUAAACCUUGUUCAGUGACUGUAGCUAAUGAAGCAAGCAAGAAGAAAGUAGAUGUUAUUGAUCUAACACUAGAAAGCUCUUCUGAUGAAGAGGAAGACCCUCCUGCCAAAAGGAAAUGCAUCUUUAUGUCAGAAACACAAAGCAGUCCAACCAAAGGGGUUCUCAUGUAUCAGCCAUCCUCUGUAAGGGUACCCAGUGUGACUUCGGUUGACUCCGCUGCUAUUCCACCUUCAUUAACAGACUACUCAGUACCAUUCCACCACACACCAGUAUCAAGCAUGUCAUCAGAUUUGCCAGGUUUGGAUUUUCUUUCCCUUAUUCCAGUUGAUCCCCAGUACUGUCCUCCUAUGUUUUUGGAUAGUCUCACCUCACCCUUAACAGCAAGCAGUACGUCUGUCACCACCACCAGCCCCCAUGAAAGCAGUACUCAUGUUAGUUCAUCCAGCAGCAGGAGUGAGACAGGGGUCAUAACCAGCAGUGGAAGUAACAUUCCUGAUAUCAUCUCAUUGGACUAAAGGAGGACUGACUUGAUUCUGGGAAUCAUUCAUCAAAACUGUUCUUUCUUGGAUAUCCGGUCCAUGGAAGCUAAUUUUUGCAAUUUAAUAUUUAUUGAAAUGUCAGAUGGAUUCUUUUGAUUUCUGGGAGAUGAACACAGAUGACUCCAGCAAGAACCAUAUGACAUGCAAGAACUUUUCUUAUGCUGUACACUGAACAUCAGAUACAUUCAGCCAUAAUGGUAUCUUCUUGAACAGUGGAAUUUCAGUUUCAUACCUUAUGGAAUCUACAAACCAGUUCAUUUUUUUGUUAUGAUAAACAGCAAUAAAAUUAUGUAAAUACGUUUAAGUUUCUAAUUUUAAAAGAUGUAAUUAUUGAUUCUAGAAUAUCAGCAACUUCUGUUUAAUCCAAUAUGAAGGAAAAAUAUGUGGAAAGGGGUCAUGUUUGCUGAAUGAAUCCUUUCCAUGGAGAGUUGUUCUAUUUUGUUGAAAUAAUGAAGUUUCAGUAAGUGACCAGAGCUUGGGUCCCACUUUUCUUCCAGUUCUCUCCUCUUAGUGAUCACGUCAAAGAAAAUGGCUUCUGUGCUGUACGUUUUUCCCUUACAGUCAUUUCCAGUUUGACGUUGUUUGCUAAUGUAUGCAGAAUGAAGUGCUUGGAUUUGACUGCUCUUUAUUAGUGAUUAUGUUUAAGAACACUAUGCAGAUACUGUCCUGACAUAUUGUGUUAUUUUUGGUUACUAUAUAGUCUCAGUAUAGAGUUUUCUAGAAAAUUGAGGCUUGCCUUUUUCAAAAAAGAAAGUCUGCAGCCUUUGAAUGAAAUGUGUUUGAGGUAAGGAAUGGCUGGAAUAUCUGUUAGGAUUUUCUCUGCAGUGUCCAGAAAUACUAAUAGUUUGGAGCCAGCAGAAUCAGUUUAGGAGAGGUAAGAAUAACAAAGGUAAAUUUCUUCCUAAGUAUUUAAUUGUUCAUGUAUCUUAUAGACUAAUAUAAAAUCUUGGUUGAACUUUUUACAUUUUAGUGGUACUGACAUAGAAAUUAUAGUUUAGAUUUCUGAUCAUAAUUCUUGCCAAUGUAAUUUGUAUUUUGGUGAUUUUUAGAUAUAAAGAAAAGUCAGUGGCAAAGGAUUGAGGGUGGAUUUGGAUCUUGUUUUCCUUUGUUUUUUAAAGAGUUCUUUAGUGAAGCCACCCCCCCCCAAAUUGGGGGUGUUUGAAUUGAAGUGAGGAAGAGGGACCCAAAGCCCACUCUUCAUGCCUCACUCCACCUGCCUUUAAAACAUUCUGUUCCCAUGGCUAUAUGGGUGUAUUUUGAAAACCACUGUCCUUCGGUGUGACUGAGUCACUCAGCAAAAUGAGUUCUACUUAUACAAAAAUGUUUUCGUCCAUAUUUUACCAUUUGCUUCAUGCUUCCUAAGUAAUUUUUAGUUCUCAAGAAUUUAGUGCUUUCCUUAUGCUUAAGCUUUCUGUCCUUGAGCUAUGUCCAAUUUAAAGCAAAACUUUUCUUAAUGGCUGCUAUAGUUUCUCACGUUCCCACAUGAGGACUCUCCACUUUCACUUCUCACAGGGGCAUAUUACUUCAGAAUUGGUGUACGUGUAGAGAGCAAACUUGUUCCUGCUUGGUGUUUUAUACUCCUCACGUUUUCAUGGCCUUUGUGUGUUCUUUUUGUGCUAAUGCAGUAUGUGGUUUUCCACUUUGUCCUUUCUUUGACUCCAUCACGCCAUGCUUGAUGAUGUAUUCUGUUUAUAGGGCUUCAUGUCAUCAGACAUGGGAAGCAACACAGGCCCUGUGCUCACAGUAGUUGCACUACAGCAACUGGCUUACCUUGUUCGCCAUUAGAUUCUAGCUCAAAUGAUAGUUUUGUCUAGAUAGAGAUUUUUUUCCUAUAGGAUCUUAAGUUGUUGCUGUAAGUACAGGUGCAGUUUCUGUUACCUUUGUAAUCAGAAAAGUAACCUGGCUUAUAUGAUAACAAUUUGUUAAAAAAGAAGUGAUGCAUAUUUGUUAUUAUUUUGUUACCCAUCAGUCUCAAAGACUCCCUUACUAUUACCAAUUUAAUAGACCAAGUUUUAUAAGUAAAUGAAAAUGUUAAUAGAAAUGAUAUACUUAGUUCUCGUAAUGAGUAACUGCUUUUGUAGUUGUGACACAUUUCUUGUCCUUUUGAUGUGAACAGUUUUAUUGUUCGUUUUUGGUGCUUAACAUUGAAAUAGUGACUAACACCUUUAAAAAUAGGCUUAAGUUUUUAAUAUUAAAAUCGGGGUUUACUUUUUGCAGGUAUUUUUGAAGGUGAAUUCUUUAUGCCUUUGAUUAUGACAUCAUGAUGAUUGCAAAGCCAUUAUUCUUUCCUUAAUAUGGUCACAUUUUUACAAAUAUCUUUACUUUUUCACAGUGUCUUUUGCUAGCCCAAAUUUUUGUUUAACCAAAUAUAAUGAAGAGCUCAUUCUGGCUGUUAACUUAGAUAUGCACGACCUAGUUAUUAUCUGGAGUAUCUUUAUUUAAGAAAGGUGGUAAAUGCUUUUACAGUCUUAGUUCACAUGGAUUUUGAUCUUUCUCCACUUAGAAAUAGAAAUUUGGGGCAGUGCAGAUGCUGCACAUAACUUCACAUGUGAGAUCUACUUAGCAUUCACCAGCUUUCUGGCCCCCAGCCUAGUCAGUUUAGGAUUUUAUUUCUUUUCUGUCCAUAAAUUAUAAAUAUGUGGUAUCUGUCAUAGGACAGUUUUAAAAGCCAAAUGAAAUAGGUGAAGUGAAUUUAGUUAUUUGGCUUUUAUGUCAUAAUUUGUUCAGGAAAGCUGUAAUGAAAAUAGGAUACGUACCUAAGAGAUGGUGAGUAUGAUUCAGUGGAUCUACAACUUCUGAUGGAAAACAAGUUUCCCUUAGAAUAGUCUUAAAAAUGUUGGCUUUUAAGCAAAGAAAUGUGGACAGAAUAUUUUGACUUUGAUAUGACUUCAGACCAGGCCUAGGUACUCAUCUUUGUCUUCUGCCAGUAAAGAAUUCGGUUACAUUUGUAUUUUUAAAUACAGCUGAUUUUCAUAAAAUAUUUUAGUUCUCAGGUAUGCCUUUUUUCUCUUGCCUUGAAUUGGUUACUUAAAGAGUACUUUUUGGUAAAUACUUUUUUGCCCCCUGCAAGUUUGUCUCCAAUUCUAUGGAAUGUCAUAAUUUAUUUCCCAGCUCUUUUUCAUCUUAGAAAAUAGAGUGUAAUUUGAGUCUCACAUUGGAGUUCAGUGGUUCUGAGUACAGGUGGUGUGGAAGCUUGCAGCUGACAUUUAUAUGGGUCAUUGAUGGUUGAACUUGACUGAACAUCUUCUAUGCUACACUUGUGCACACAUUAUGGUAAAAUCUGUGGAAAAGAAUUUAAGAAUUUCUCUGCUAUUUAAGAGACUGAUGCUCCUGUCAAAUGACUGGUUUGUGUCCUCUUUGUUAGGAACCAUACCAUAAUUCAUAGAAGCAAAUAAAGCUAUAUAAAAAUUG